AUGCCACCGUACGUGCGCUUCUCGCAAGCCCUUCGUCUACUCACCAGAGCUUCACGACCAUGCCAACAUGUCUUCCAUCAGCGAGAAACUUACCGUCGCGUCAGUACUCUACCGUGCUUCACUCUCGACAACAAAGUCUGCGUCGUGACAGGUGCAUCCCAAGGUCUAGGCCAACAAAUUCUCACCGCCUUCUGUCUCUCCGGCGGCCACGGUGCAGUAGUAGACCUCUCCCUCUCCUCCGCCCGCGACUCCAUCUCCACAAUCACUUCCGAAGUCUCCUCCGCCGGCCUACCCGCCCCCGACCUACGUCCCUACGAAUGCAACACCGCCGACGAGUCAGCCGUCAAGUCCACAUUCGCUCAGAUCGUCAAAGAUUUUGGCAAAGUAGACGUGUUGUGUACGAAUGCAGGCAUUACUGGAGGCGAAGCGGCUGAAAAGUAUGACUUUGAGCAUUGGAAGGGCAUGCUUGACGUCAAUGUAAACGGCACUUUUUUGUUUGCAAAGGAGGCUGGACAGCAUAUGAUUGAGAGAAAUAUCAAGGGGAGUAUUAUCAUGGUGUCGAGUAUGUCGGGUACGAUUGUGAAUCGGCCGCAGAAGCAAUCGGCUUACAACACCUCAAAAGCAGCAGUCGUCCAAAUGAUGAAGUCCUUCGCCAGCGAGUGGGGCGAACACGGCAUCCGCGUCAACGCAAUCUCACCAGGCUACAUCCAAACCGCCGCCAACGAAGGCGAGGAAAUGCAAGAACUGGCCAAAGGCUGGAUCAAAGAUAUCCCUUUGCAUCGUAUUGCCAAACCUGAGGAAUUCAGGGGUACAGCGGUAUACAUGGCUAGCGAUGCAAGUAGCUACAUGACAGGCAGUCAAGUUGUUGUUGAUGGCGGAUAUACUGUUUGGUAG